CAAGAGUUCCGACAAUACUGUCCGCCAUUAUUGCCGGUCACACAAAAGCUUAAAUAUAAGCCGGGUUUGGCUGCAGUGAACAACUUCGGUAUCGGAGGAGUGAACGAUCACGUUAUCGUUGAGCCCAACCCACGGGUGCCGAGCGGUGACAGCCAUAAACUGUGCGAACCGAUGGCCCGAUUGGUGUUGAUCUGCGGCCGAACCCAAGAGUCGGUCAAACAUAUCAUGAAUUUCAUUGAAAGUUCGCCGAAGAAAGUGACCAAAGAGUUCGUCACUCUAUUGUGUCGAUCCAUGAAAUACACGCCUAAUGUUAACUCAACCGGAUUUCCCGUUAGAGGAUCAAUUAUAAUCAAUGAGACAAAUGAUGGUAAAAGUGAAGUGAAAUACAAUUAUAAGAAACAGAUAUCUGUAAUGAAAGACAAAACACUUCCACCCCUUUGGAUCGUAUUCCCGGGUUUGGGCGGUCAGUGGCCGGCAAUGGCUAAGGCUUUAAUGCCUAUCAAGAUAUUCGCCGAUAAAGUGGAAGAAUGCCAUCAAAUACUACACGAGUUUAAGAUUGACUUAAAAUACAUGUUAUUAUCGGACGACAAGACAUCGAUGUCUACAAUGACUGCAAAGUAUUGUUCGACGACUGCUAUAGAGAUAGCGUUGUUUGAAGUGAUGAAAGCGCUGGACAUCACACCCGACGGUAUAAUUGGCCACUCGUUUGGAGAGAUAGCCUGUGCUUACGCUGACGGGUGUCUCAGCACAAGGGAUGCAAUGGUCGUCACGUACUUCAGGGGAGCCGUCACUGAAAAUGAUAAGAAAAUAGCUAAAGGACUGAUGGCUGUCGUCGGGCUGUCUAAGGCUGAGGCCAAAAAAGUAACGCCCGGCGGUUGUUAUCUCGCGUGUCAUAAUUCAAAAGAUAAUGUAGUCAUUUCAGGUCCAAAGAAAGAGAUGUCAGAAAUGAUCAAACGAUUGGAAGAAAAGGCAGUAUUUGUGCGACAGUUAGAGAGCAGUGAAAUCCCAUAUCAUUCACAAUAUCUGAUCACAUCUGCAAAGCCUAUGACUGAAGCCAUUAAGAAAUACAUACCAAACCCGAGACUCCGGUCCCGGAAAUGGGUGUCCACUUCACUCAUGUCUACCGAUCUCAGCGAUGAGGCCUUGAAAUACGCUUCGGCCGAGUAUUUCGUCUACAAUCUGAUGAAUCCCGUGCUCUUCAUAGACAAACUCAAAGAUCUGCCCACAGAUGCUAUUAUACUAGAGUUGGGUCCGCACUCUAUAUUCCCUAAAGUGGUGUCCGAAACGCUGGACAACUCGACGUACGUAUCAUUAAUCAAGAGAAACGCAAACGACACUAAUUUGGACACAUUUAUGGCUGGAUUGGCCACUCUAUACGAAUCGGGAGUCAAUCUGUCCAUUGAAAAGCUAUACCCAGUGGUUGAGUGGCCGGUCGCCCGAAACACACAGUCCAUCAGUUCGCUCAUGCGUUGGGAUCACAGCCGGAAGUUCGAGCACAAACUCUAUCCGCAAAAAUAUUGUCGACUCACAGCCGGUGAUUACAAUUUCCCGGUCAAUCCUUCAAUGCUACAAGGUCACGCAUUCUACCUUGAUCACGCCGUCGAUGGCAACGCUCUCUUCCCGGCCACCGGCUAUUUAAUGCUCGCGUGGCGUAAACUGGCCACCAGUCGGGGUAAGCUGUGGUAUCAGUUGCCGGUUAUUUUUGAGAACGUUCAGCUCAAACGCGCCGUAUUCUUAAAUGAUGCCAACGGAACUAUCCUAACAGUCAAAUAUUUUCCCAACACUGACGAGUUCUGUGUGUUAGAGAACGAUAACGUGUGUGUUGUGGGCAAAGUGCGCACUCCGGACGACGAGGUGUUACUCACGCCUAACGCUAUACUCGAGAGACAGAAACUGAUGGCCAGUACUCAGUACUCACUCGACAGGAAAGACAUCUAUAAGGAGUUGGGAGUCCUGGGCCUCGACUACGGACCAAACUUUCAACGCCUGAAACGCAUUCAGACCAACGAUUUCCGCGACAUUUAUGGCAUCAAUGAAUGGGACGGAAAUUUUGUGACAUAUUUGGACGCAAUGUUGCAGUCAAUGGUAUUCGCCGCUCCUUUCCGUAAACUCAUGGUUCCGGUGAUGAUUCGGGCCAUACGUGUGGACCCGCGUGUGUUCUUCGAGAACGUCAAUCGGAACCGAAAUGUAGAGCAAACGGCUACAGACAUCGAACAGUCCGCUGUGGCGGACGUUGGACUGGUGGUAGCGGUUGGGGGAGAGGUGGCUGAUCCCGACGCACAUUUGGGCAUUGUUGAGAUAGACGAGGAGAUUCUCACCGAAGCCAAGAUCUUAUUAGAUGCAGAGAUUGCCCGCAAGAAAGAGCGCUUCUCCGUCUUCUCGGCUGAUAUGCCCUUUCAUUUCAACGCAAAGUCCAAACGACUGGUCGCUCACGGCUUAGAAGUGGAGGACCUGAUGGCCUUCCCUAUACCCAGACGUAGCGACGGCACGGAUCUGGUGUUAGACACAUAUGAGUUCUUCCCCAAUGAAGACCUCGAAGCCGUUGACGCCAGUGAUAAACGGGUGGCCAAUGAAUACAUUGAGGUGUGUAAAGCAAUGGCCGCUAAGAUUAAACUAAUUGGAUAUAAAGACAUUAAAUGCGAUUUUAAUUACCAAAACAUUAGCGAUGAUGUGAUACAAGAGUAUAGGACAACAAAUAACGAAAAUCAUGUGUUGUUUCAGCAAACGGCUACAGACAUCGAACAGUCCGCUGUGGCGGACGUUGGACUGGUGGUAGCGGUUGGGGGAGAGGUGGCUGAUCCCGACGCACAUUUGGGCAUUGUUGAGAUAGACGAGGAGAUCCUCACCGAAGCCAAGAUCUUAUUAGAUGCAGAGAUUGCCCGCAAGAAAGAGCGUUUCUCCGUCUUCUCGGCUGAUAUGCCCUUUCAUUUCAACGCAAAGUCCAAACGACUCGUCGCACACGGCUUGGAAGUGGAGGACCUGAUGGCCUUCCCUAUACCCAGACGUAGCGACGGUACGGAUCUGGUGUUAGACACGUAUGAGUUCUUCCCCAAUGAAGACCUCGAAGCCGUUGACGCCAGUGAUAAACGGGUGGCCAAUGAAUACAUUGAGGUGUGUAAAGCAAUGGCCGCUAAGAUUAAACUAAUUGGAUAUAAAGACAUUAAAUGCGAUUUUAAUUACCAAAACAUUAGCGAUGAUGUGAUACAAGAGUAUAGGACAACAAAUAACGAAAAUCAUGUAUUGUUUCGUAUAUUUGAUAAAAUACUGACAGAAGUUGUCGACGAAAACAAGAAUAUGAAAAACAAAGUUGUCGACGAAAACAAGAAUAUGAAAAACAGUAAAGAAGUGAUGAAAGUAUUAAAAGAUAUAGAAAGCGGUGCCGAAUAUGAUCUCAAUAAAGAUCUGAUAAAUCAGAUCCAGAAGAAUGAGCACAUGAUUAGAACUCUGGUUGAUAUCGUGUGCGAAAACUUUGUGACAAUCAAAGAGAUAAAAGUGACUGAAAUUAAUCUUUCGUCUGGUAUUUUGGCCAAAGAAGUGGAUCAGAUUAUGUCUCUCUUCCGUAUUAUGCCAUACGAUAUCGACUAUAAACUUGUGGUCAAAUCAAAACAGGAUUGCAAUGAUAUCGUUGGCCUAUUGUUUAGACAAAUGGUGAAUGAGUCGGAAAUACCCGAUAAAAGUAAUGUCAUUAGAGUUACUACAGAUUACGAGAAAUGGUUUGGAGUAUUGCAGGAAAAGUUGAUUACCGCAAAGGAUGCGGACAAUCAAACCGAUAACGUAUGGCUUAUGGCCGACGACUCGGGUAUUAAUGGAAUCGUAGGUAUGCGAUUAGAACCCGGAGGAGAGAACUUCAGAUAUAUAUUCAAUAUGGACUCCAAUACUGACACUAACAUUGACUUCACUACUAAACCCUAUUCUGAUAUAUUGGCCAAUGAUUUGGUAGCGAAUGUUAUCAAAGGGGGAAAACUUGGAAGUUAUAGACACAUAAAACUACCCAAAGACAGUGAUAAAGUUGUUUCCAUGCUCAUAAAGGAUUUAAACCCAGUUUGGGCUCUAGAGCGUCCAGAAGAAUGGUAUGAUUUGAGAUCUCUUUCACCAAAACGCGAAUCAUAUGAUUUCAAUGGACAGAAAGUGACCAAAAAUAAAAUCAACAUUUAUAGCACCGGAUUGUCGUUCCACGACGUUAUGUUGGCCACAGGUCGUAUCCCAUCGGGUCCUGAGGUUGUAUUCAUGGACUGUACAAUUGGUGGUGAAUUCGCCGGUCGUUUGGCCGAAACGGGGGAACGGGUUAUGGGUAUGGAAUCGGGCCGUUGUUUCGCGACAUCGGUAUACGCGGCGACUCAUACUUACGCUAAAAUCCCUGACCACUGGUCUAUGAACGAUGCCGUCUCUAUAUUGAGUACUUAUAGUACAGCUUAUUAUGGAUUGAUUAAAGCCGGAAGACUUAGGAAAGGUGAAAGCAUUUUAAUACACUCGGCUGCGGGAGGUGUGGGGCAGUCGGCUAUCAAUAUCUGCAAACACUAUGAAUGCGAUAUAUAUGUGACGGUCGGUAACGACGAGAAGAAACAGUUUUUGAUGAAUGAAUACAAUAUACCGGAGAAUAAGAUAUUCAACUCAAGAGAUAUACUCUUCAAGAAUCAGAUAAUGGAAGCGACGGAAGGA